CCAAUUCACACUGCACAGACAAAUGCCAACAGACACCAACAGACAAGUUGGCAGUUGGAUUUAGAAUUUUAUGAAAAAUAACUGUCAUGUUCACACUGCACCAACAGACACAGACAAACUGAGUCAGACAGAUUGAAGUCUUAAUUUGUAAAAAUGGAUGAUCCUGUAACCACUAUCAAAAUGUUACUGUUACUAAUGUCUUUGCGUGUCAUUCUUCGCUUGAAAAGACGGCAAGUUAAACGAAAGAGGCUUUGGGUAAAGCCAUGGUUGCUGCGACGGGACAGACAGGGUGCCUACUCGAAUUUAUGUAGAGAACUGCAGUCGGAAGAUUUACAAAGCUUUCAUAAUUUUGCUCGGGUGGUCCCUAAUCAAUUUAAACAUCUACUUCAGCUGGUGACACCAAUAAUUCAAAGGCAAAAUACUAAUUUCAGAGAGUCCAUUUCACCAGGUGAACGCCUAAUGAUAACUCUUCGCUUCUUAGCAACAGGGGAAUCAUUUCGUAGCCUCCACUACGCUUUUCGCAUCGGAUGCUCAACUUUAAGCGAGCUUAUUCCUGAAACAUGUAGAGCUAUCUAUCAGGUUCUCAAAGAAAAGCAUCUUAAGUGCCCUACAACAGCAGAUGAGUGGAUAAAAGUGUCUGAAGGAUUCCAAACCACUGCAAAAUUUCCCAAUUGCCUAGGGGCUUUGGAUGGCAAACACAUACGGAUUAAACCGCCACCUCAAUGCGGAGCACAGUUCUUCAAUUAUAAACACUUUAAUUCAAUUGUUAUGAUGGCUUUGGUUGACAGCAAUUAUAGAUUUCUUUAUGUUGAUGUAGGGUGUAAUGGAAGGGUGUCUGAUGGUGGAGUUUUCAGAGGGACAACACUACAAGAGUCUUUAGAGCAGAGAACUGCAAACAUUCCCCAACCCACCCCAUUGCCAGGGACAGACAUUCCAAUGCCUUUUUUUGUUGUGGCAGAUGAAGCUUUUCCUCUGAAACCUUACUUAAUGAAGCCUUUUGCCAGGAGGGGGCUUUCAAGAGAGCAGAGAGUCUUCAACUACCGGCUAUCCCGUGCCCGCCGUAUUGUUGAAAACACCUUUGGCAUCUUUGCUAACAGAUUUAGGGUUUUUUUAACCACGAUUAACCUACAACCAAAUGUUGUGGAAGAUAUUGUUCUUGCAUCUUGUGCCCUUCACAACUAUUUACGUGACGAAUGUGUCGACGCUUAUAUGUGUGAAAUACCUGAUCAGGAUGGGCAAGAAACAUGGAGGCAAGAUCCUACCAUGCCACAGGCAGCACUGCCAAGGUCCACAAAUGCAAGUAAUGAAGCCAAAUUAAACAGAGAAAGGCUGAUGGAGUACUUUAAUUCAGAGGCAGGAGCUGUUCCUUGGCAAUGGGAUAGAAUAUAGUGGCACAAUUUCUGUGUCAAUCAAUACCCAGAUAAUGUAUAUAAGUUAAAAUUAUAGUGAACAAAUGAUAACAGUAAAAAAAUAGAUUCAGACUAUGCAUUCUUUAUGGUUCUUUUAAAACUUUUUUUAUAGAGGUUGAGGUGACCUAUCAAUGGCAAUGAGCUAAACUGCUGUACAUAUUUCUCAGUCCCCAUAUCCAAUUAAACAUACUGUACUGUACUGUAUUGAAUAAACUUACAUUGUGAA